GGCCGGCGGGGGCGGACACUGGGACACGGGGACACAGCGGAGCGCUCGGCAUGGAGCGCUACGCCAGGGCCUCGGCCGUGGCCGUCAUCCGCCUCCGCAACCCGCCCGUCAACGUGCUCAGCCUGGCAGUUCUCCAGGCUUUAGAGGAUGGGCUGAAGAAGGCAGAUGAAGAUCCCUCAGUGAAAGCUGUUAUGAUUUGUGGUGAAAAUGGGAAAUUCAGUGCAGGAGCUGACAUCCAUGGAUUUUCCUCUCCGAAGAGAGACAUAGGUGCCCUGGGCCCCAUCGUGUCUCUCAUCGAGAGCAGCGAGAAGCCGGUGGUGGCGGCCAUCGAGGGCGUGGCUUUGGGAGGGGGCCUGGAGGUGGUGCUGGGCUGUCACUACCGCAUCGCACACGUGAAGGCUCGGCUGGGUUUUCCAGAGGUCACCAUAGGGUUACUUCCAGGUGCUGAAGGCACCCAGCGACUCCCCAGACUGAUUGGAGUACCAGCUGCUCUGGAUAUGAUCACUACAGGAAAACACAUUCCAGCAACUGAAGCACUGAAGCUGGGCUUGGUUGAUGAAAUUGUGGAAGAAAACACCAUUGAGGCAGCAAUCCGUUUGGCAAACAAAGUGAUUGGUCAGCCUCUGGGACCCCGCAGGCUGAGCCUUAAGCCAGUUCCCAAACUGCCCAACAUGGAAGCGUUUCUGCGGGAAGCUGAGGCGAAGGUGAAGAGGCAGGCGCGGGGGUUCCUGGCUCCGGAGCUGUGCUUCCAGGCCGUGCGAGCCGCCACCGAGAGCCCCUUCGCCGCGGGCGUGCGGCGGGAGCGGGAGCUGUUCCAGGUGCUGCUGAGCUCGGGGCAGGCGCGGGCGCUGCAGUACGCGUUCUUCGCGGAGAGAGCCGUGCACAAGUGGGCAACUCCCAGCGGGGCCUCCUGGAGCAGCGCUGCCCCGCAGCCCGUGCGCAGGGCGGGCGUCAUCGGGCUGGGAACAAUGGGCCAAGGCAUUGUGACUUCUCUGGUUAAGGCCAACAUACCUGUGGUAGCCCUGGAGCAGGAUCUGGAGUAUCUGAACAAGGGAAGAAAAGCUGUGAUGCUCCUUUUGGAACGUGAGGCCAUGAAAACGGAGGGGGGUGCCCAGGCCCUGGAUUUCCAUAACCCUGCACGUCUCCAGUUCACCCUGGACUUUGAUCUGUUGCGUGAUGUAGACCUAGUCAUCGAGGCUGUGUUUGAGAACAUGGAGCUAAAGAAGGAGAUAUUCCACAAGCUGUCACAGACCUGCAAGCCAGAAGCCUUGCUGUGUACAAACACGUCAGCCCUGAACAUCGACGAAAUAGCUUCUGCCACCAGCCGCCCGCAGCAGGUCAUUGGCACCCACUUCUUCUCCCCUGCGCACGUGAUGAGGCUGCUGGAAAUCAUCUACGGCCGCCACACGUCCCCCAGCGCCAUCGCCACUGCCAUGCAGCUGGCCAAAACCCUGAAAAAGGUUGGAGUGGUGGUAGGGAAUUGCUUCGGGUUUGUUGGGAACCGCAUGAUGUUUCCCUACGUACAACAAGCAGUUUUCCUUCUAGAGGAAGGGAGCAGACCAGAAGCAGUAGAUCAGGUCCUCGAAGAUUUCGGGUUCAAGAUAGGCCCUUUCCGCAUGUCUGACCUGGCGGGGCUGGAUGUGGGCUGGAGGUCUCGGAAGGGGCAGGGCCUGACGGGGCCGUCCGUCCCCGCGGGCACGCCGGCCCGGCAGCGGCACGGCCAGCGCUACAGCCCCCUGCCGGACGUGCUGUGUGAGCACGGCCGCUUCGGCCAGAAAACCGGCCAGGGCUGGUACCGCUACGAGAGGCCCGGCGGCAGGACAGCCACGCCAGACCCGUGGCUGCACAGCUUCCUGUCCCAGUACAGGGACACCCACGGCAUCAAGAGCCGCUUCAUAGACCAGGAGGAAAUCCUGGAGCGCUGUUUGUUUUCCCUCAUCAACGAGGGGUUUGCCAUCCUGGCUGAGGGAAUAGCAUCAGGCCCAGAGCACCUGGAUGUCAUUUACAUCAAUGGCUACGGGUGGCCAAAGCACAGGGGAGGCCCGAUGUUCUACGCCUCCACCGUGGGGCUCCCCCGUGUGCUGGCUAAGCUGCAGAAAUACUCUGAGGCCCACCCUGAUGUGCCUGGACUACGGCCCAGUGCCUUUCUGAAAAAGCUGGUGGCUGUGGGGAACCCCCCACUCAAGGAGUGGAUGUCCUACUGCAGCCAGCAGAGCCCCAAGCUGUGAUUCCUCUGAUGGAGGCUGAUCUCAUGAAACCGGUGCUUCAAUUGCACUGCCUCUUCCAAUAAACCCCAAAGUGCUACAGGGCCAUAAACAAAGUCCUGGGCCUUCCAAGACCUUUGCAGGAAAUAAUUUUGCCUGAUAAUUGAUCUCACUUGCUGCAGGUCCCCACUGCCUUUAUCCAUCCUUCUCUCUCAGCCCCAGCCUCACCUACUGUCUGCACACACUGCUGUGUAAAGGCCCAUCUCAUCUUGCACUGCCUGCAGGUCAUCACAGCAGUACUCCUCUCCCAGUCUGCCUCUGGGGAAGGCAGGGAACAGCAUUUACAGCCCACAAUGCAAAUCAUGACCUGCCGGAUCUGUCAAAUCCUGUCUUCAAUCUAUGUCCCAGUUUGUUCAGUUCUUUCCUGUGCAGCCACCUCCCCUCAAUUUCCUGGCUCUUCUGCAGCCAGCCAACUGGAACCUGCUCCCUUCCUGCUGCUGAGGGACAGAUGGCACAGGGGUGCAGCAGCUUUCAGAGGUAAAGUCAAAUGAGUGGAGAGAGCAGGAAUGGGCAGAGAGCAAGGGGCAGUCCCUUGCUAUCCCCUGGUACUGUCUCUUCUCCCUGCUGCAGAGGAGGCUCUAAUAAAUGCCAGGAAAGCCACAAAUACACCAGCCUGACUAAUCUGCUCUGUGGUGUUGGCUCAUGACUGGCUUUCUGCAUCCAGACUCCAUCCUCUUUUGCCAUUUACCCCCACCUGGCUUUGUCCAAGCAGAAACAUCUUCUGGCAUCUCCUCAGUGUGGAAAUGUGUUGCCAUCACUCCCCGCAUCUUGCUUGACUACAGCUACAAGAUCUUGGGGCUCAUCAGGCUUUAAUUGACCAGCUUGAAACACGGCCUGGCACUGACCAGGUUUUCACACGAUCAGAGAAGGCUGGGAAGGGCAUGGCACAAGAGCUGUGCAGGUAGGGACACUGCUUGCAGGCAGGCAGGGAGGUGGCAGGUCUCUAGCAAAGGGCAGAGCCGAGUGAAAGGGAGCCAAAUUAGCUCCAGACUUGAUGCUUUGGGACAAAGUCUCCCAUUUCACAUGUCUAGUGAAUGUAUCUUCCAGUCUGGUGUGGGAAAUAGGUUGGUCUGUAUUCCCUUCUCAGGGACUGUGAAUGUUUAACUUCUGAUUUUAAUGUAAUGAAACUGCUUUGAUUAUCUAAUGACAUUAUAUGGUGUCAUAUGAGAUUACAGAAAAAAAGCAAAUGGGCUUGAUCUUUGUUUUUUCCCCAUCCCUUCUUUACAUGGUGGAAUUAGAUAAUUUUCCUGUUUCUGGAGGAGUUUGUGUCUGAGAAGACUGCAUGACUCUUUUGUCUAAAUACAUUUUAUUUUGCCCUU